AUUAUAUUUGUUUUUUUCUUUUCAUUUCCUUUCUUUUUUAUUUUUUUAUUUUUUUCCAUUUGUGAAGACCGUAUAAUGUGUCUAUCAUUCUCAUUAUUGAAUCUGCAUCUUGUGUAGUAGUUCUGUUCUACAGCCAUGGAAGAAAAGCGAAAGGCGAAAAUGAAGCUGAAGGUGGACCUUCAAUGUUAUAAAUGCCACAUGAAAGUAAAGAGGGUCCUCAGCAAAUUUCCUCAAAUUCUAAAGCAAAAGUAUGACGCGGAGAACGACAUAGUGAUCAUCGAAGUGCUAUGUUGCAGCCCAGAAAGGCUAGUGGACAAAAUUUGUUGCCGAGGUGGUGGUGCCAUCAAAAGCAUUGAAAUUGUGGAAGCCAAACCCAAACCUCCCCCGCCCGAGAAGCCCAAGCCGCAUCCUGUUCCCCGUGCCGAGCCGGAGAAGCCUAAAUCACCUCCACGACAGGAUGUUGCAGCCCCGACUCAGCCAGUAAAACUCUUUGAACCGGUACCUGCUGUCUCUGUUCUUGCAUACCCAUCAUCAGUGAGUUCUUCGCCGGCCGGGCUUUUCUAUGAGGGUGGCCCAGGUGGGCUCCCGGGCUUUUAUGGAAGACCAAUAUAUGAUAGUUAUGGUGGGAGCUGGCCUUGUUAUGGGAACUGUCACUAUCAACACUUUCAUGAAGAAGAAGCAUCACAAUGUACAAUUAGUUGAUUACUUGGGGAACAAGUAAUUGUAGCAUGUGUGACAUCGGUAAUUAAUGGAUGUAAGAAACAAACUCAUGGUUCAUAAUAAAUUUCUCUUUGAAAA